AUGGCAGAGAUAAACGCCCUCACACCGCAGCCAACGGCUGAAGUCCCUGCUGACAUUAAAAAAGCUUUUGAGGAGCGACUAGGAGGAGGUGAAGAAACGCGCGAGGACAAUGACGAGAAACCAGUCCAUGACGAUAAUUCCGAGCACAAGCAGGAGGGUGUUAAGCGGGUUGAAGCUAUCACUACUGUUUGGUCAAAGGAGUUGCUCAUCGUCAUGUUUGUUUUACUAUACCUUGUCGCAUUCGUCGAUCAGUUGUUGCAGUCUGUCCAAGGCACCCUCGUCCCUUACAUCACAUCGGCAUUCAAUCAGCACGGCUUGCUAGGCACAACGAGUAUUGUGGCAACAAUCUUAGGCGGAGUCUGCAAUCUUCCUAUUGCUAAAAUUAUCGACAUAUGGGGCCGAUGCGAAGGUUUUGUCGCCAUGGCUGUUCUGAUUGUCAUUGGUAUGAUCAUGAAAGCCACCUGUACCAGUGUCGAAAUGUACGCCGCGGCGCACACUCUGUAUUGGGUCGGCCACCUGGGCAUUGAGUACAUCAUCACCAUUAUCCUAGCCGAUAUCACCUCUUUGAGGAACCGGUUGAUUUUGUUUGGCAUCAACAAUACCCCCCUCAUCGCUACGACAUUUGCCGGUCCUCGGAUCGCGGAGCUGUUCUAUGACAACGUUAACUUUCGGUGGGCUUUCGGAGCCUUCUUGAUCAUUCUAGUCUUUUUCUGCAUACCCGUCAUGCUUGUGUUUAUCUUUAGCAAACGGAAGGCUGUUCGGCAAGUCGUCGGCAUGUUCCUCACAGUGGCAGGAUGGUCUUUGCUGCUAUUGCCUUUCAGCCUGGUGUCAUAUGCUCCCAACGGCUGGAAGACCGGAUACAUCAUUGCGAUGAUCAUUCUUGGAUUUCUACUUCUCGUCGCUUUUGGAUUCUGGGAGCGAUACUUCGCCACCGUGCCUUUUAUCCCUUUCAGGUUUCUUAAGGAUCCCACCAUUCUUGGAUCAUGUCUUGUCUACGGCAUUAUGUUCAUUUCCAUCUUCUGCUGGGACACAUAUUACGGAUCUUAUCUGCAGGUGGUUCAUAACGAGAGUAUCACCAUCUCUGGAUAUGUGCUCAACUCUUUCUCACUCAUGUCGUCGUUCAUUAGCCCUUUCGUCGGACUUAUCGUCCGUUAUACUGGCACAUUCAAAUGGCCAUCAAUUGCUGUUAUUCCGUUUGCCGUUCUUGGCACAGCUCUCCUAAUCCACUUUCGUACCCCUGAAUCGAAAACUGGAUAUCUGGUCAUGUGUCAGCUCUUCAAUGGCAUUUACAGCGGUGUCUGGGCUCUCACAGCGCAGCUUGCGAUUAUGGCUUCUGUCAGCCAUCAGGAGAUUGCUGUUGGCCUUGCCAUGUGGGGUCUGUUUGGUUCUAUUGGUGCCGCCAUCGGCUUCGCGGUUUCUGGCGCGCUCUGGACCAAUAUAUUUCCCGAACAGCUUUACAAGGCCCUCCCUGAUGACAGCAAGAACCUUACAGCCACAAUUUACGGAGACAUCACUGUGCAGCUGUCAUACCCCAUGGGAAGCCCCAUCCGUACCGCAAUCAUUGAAGCCUACCAAGAUGUUCAGAGGAAAAUGGUCAUCACUGGUGUGGCGUUCAUUCCUCUCUGCUUGGGUUGCCUGUUUUUGUGGCGGAACAUCAACGUCAAGAAAUUGGAGGAGAGAGAAGGCAAACAGACCAAGGGUACUGUUUUCUGA